UUGCCACUCGCUCCCCACCUCCUUUCUCUUAAUUCCCACUCUUGGCUAUUUUUGGAGCUGCAUACCUAAUAAUAUUUAUAAUUCCAUUCUUUCUAUAUUUACGUGUCUGAACUUCACUACUCAUCACUUCUACUUGAAUUUCUCUUAACUUUUCUUUAACAUCCAUGGAAAAUCAUCAACUUAGCCCUCCCAAAGGAGGAUGGAAAUCUGCCAUCUUCAUCAUUUUUGUGGAAAUGGCAGAGAGAUUUGCAUAUUAUGGGAUAGCAGGAAAUAUGAUGAUGUACCUAACAAAAGUGAUGGAAGAGCCGGUAGCGACAGCCGCUAAGAAUGUGAAUUCAUGGAAUGGUGUUUCUUCACUUGCCCUUUUUAUUGGUGCUUUCUUUGCUGAUUCUUUUCUUGGUCGUUUCAACACUACUCUCAUUUCUUCUUCCGUUUUUCUCAUGGGUUUGAUGCUAUUGACAAUAUCAACAACUACUACAAUCCCACAACAUGCUCGUACUGCUUUAUUUUUCAGUGCCCUAUACAUAACUGCGUUAGGAGAAGGUGGCCAUAAACCAUGUGUACAAACCUUUGCAGCUGAUCAAUUCGACGAGAACACCCCAGAACAAAGAAAAGCCAAGAGCUCAUUUUUUAAUUGGUGGUACCUUGGAAUUGUUGUUGGUGCAACAAUUGCCGUUCUAGUAGUUGUUUAUGUGGAAGACAAUAUAAGUUGGACCGUCGGUUUUGCCAUCCCUACUUUAGCUGUCGGCUUAGCUCUUUCUAUAUUUAUCCUUGGAAGUUCAACGUAUAGAAAGGAACGGCCAGUUGGAAGCCCGUUUACUAGCGUGGCUCAAGUGGUUGUUUCCGCCAUUCGAAAGCGGCACUUGACGGAGAUGAGUAGUGGUCGUGGGCUUUACUAUUCUGAUGAUGAUGUUGCUGGCCAUGGGUUGCAAGUGCUUAAAUUGGCUCCUACUAAUCAUUUCAGAUGUUUAGACAAAGCAACAGUCAUUGACGACAGAGAUUCAAUGAUGAAAUCAAGAAAUGGAUGGAGACUAUGUUCAGUAAAUCAAGUUGAAGAAGUAAAAUUAAUCCUAAGGUUGAUCCCAAUUUGGGUAUGCACAUUUGCAUAUGCAAUAAUAGUUGCACAAGUUCAUACUUUCUUCAUCAAACAAGCUAGCACAAUGAAUCGAUCAAUUGGCCCUAAGUUUCAAAUUCCACCUGCAUCUCUUCAAGUCAUUCCUGGGAUUGCCAUUCUCCUUUGUCUUCCUAUCUAUGAUAAAUUCUUAGUCCCUACUUUUAGAAAUCUCACUAAAAUCCCUUCAGGUAUAACAUCGGUCCAAAGAAUAGGAAUUGGCAUAGGACUCUCAAUCCUAACCAUUGCCACAGCAGCCAUAGUUGAGUCGAUGCGACUAAACGUAGCAAGUAAGCAUGGACUCAUCGACGAUCCAAAGGCAACAAUACCCAUAAGUGUAGGCUGGUUAGUCCCUCAAUUUGUAAUAAUGGGACUUAGUGAUAUGUUUGCAUAUGUUGGAAUGCAAGAGUUAUUCUAUGAUCAAAUGCCAGAAGAUAUGAGAAGCAUGGGUUCGGCCUUGACUAAUGGUGCACUUGGUAUUGGAGCUUUCAUGAGUACUGCUAUUAUAUCUGCUGUACAAGGGAUUACUUCUAAAUGGGGAAAUCCUUGGUUGGUUAAUAAUCUUAAUCUUGCUCAUCUUCAUCAAUUUUAUUGGGUUUUGGCUGGAUUUUGUGCUUUGGAUUUGGUACUCUAUGUAUUUGCUGCUAGAUGCUUUGUUUGGAACAGAACUGCACACACUGUUGAUCCAUUAGUGUAAGUUUCUAAGUUUAGCUCAUGGUUGAGGCCCGAUGCCCGAUGCCCGAUAUAUCUUAUAUACUCUAUUAGCGGCCUAAAAAAAUAGCUUAAACUUCUGAUUGAAGCUACAUUAUAUUUUAUAUGCUCUAUCAGAUGCCUCAACAAGCGGCUUAAACUGUUAGUUGAAGACCUUAGGAGCCUCAAUAAGCACCUUAAAUUUUUGCUUUGAGGCUCCAAUAUAUGUUAUAUACUUUAUCAGAGGCUUCAACAAACAACUUAAAUUUUUGGUUGAGGACCUAAUAUAUGUUAUAUACUCUAUCAGGGGCUUUAAUAAGCAAAUUAACUUUUGCUUUGAGGUGUCAAUAUAUGUUAUAUACUUCAUCAUCAUAUAUAUAAUGUAUGUGUGUGAGAGAGAGACUGUCUAAUGUGAAUAUUUAUAUUAUAAUAAUUAAAAGUUUUUCA